AUGCAGGCUGAUGGAGCAGGCAGAGUGUAGUGAUGGGCUGUGCUGUGUUAAAUGCCAACUGCAACCUAGGGGAUUCAUGUGCCGCCCUGCUUUGGGAGAGUGUGACCUCCCAGAGUAUUGUGAUGGUUCCUCUGGAGAAUGCCCUCAAGACAGCUACAAGCAAGACGGUACACUGUGUGAGAGAAUCUACUAUUGUGCUGGAGGCCGGUGUAAGAACCCUGAUAAUCAGUGCAUGGAUAUAUUUGGGUUCUCUGCAAGGUCUGCCCCAGAAAACUGUUACAUUUCAAGGAACAGCAAAGGGGACCGGUUUGGAAACUGUGGUAUUACAAACUCGCCUAAGUUAACAUAUUUGAAGUGUGCAGAUGAUGAUGUAUUUUGUGGGAAACUUAUAUGCACAAAUGUUAGACAGUUACCACCAAUCAAACCAAGUCAUACACUGAUGCAGAUUCCUCACAAAAAUGACUUCUGCUGGAGCAUGGAUGCCUAUAACAUUACUGAUAUCCCGGAUGACGGAGACGUGCACACUGGCACUCUUUGUGCCCCACACAAAGUCUGCAUGAAUCACCUCUGCACUGAUAAUUCUGUACUUAUGUACAACUGUGAACCAAUGGAAUUGUGUAACGGGAAAGGAGUUUGCAACAAUUUAAGGCACUGCCACUGUGAGGCUGGCUAUGCGCCUCCUAACUGCAGAGAUCCAGGAAAUGGUGGUAGUGUGGACAGUGGUCCGCCUACUGCACUAAUUGAAAUUCAAAGUGGAGAUGUAAGUGACAGUCCUAUGCAUCGUAGUGUUGACUUUGGAAAGAUAAGCAAGAUAAUUUUCAUACUCCCUGCAUUUCUUUUACUAUUUUUGUUAAUUGCAAUAUUUUGCAUUAGCAUCAGGACUGGACUUGAGUCAGUACAGACCCCAGGCCGCACUUCAGAGGACAGUUCAGAGGAAACCAGUAGUGAAGUAUUCAUAAUGGAAUUCCUACCAGUGGGGAUACAAGAGGACGUACCAGAGGAGGGCUCAGAAGCAGCCCCUCCACCAGAAGAGGCCCCUCCACCAGAAGUGGCCCCCCAACCGGAAGAGGCUCCACCACCUGAAGCCCCACCGCCCGAGGCCCCACAACCAGAGGCCGCACCACCAGAGGCCCCACCACCGGAGGCCCCACCACCGGAGGCCCCACCACCGGAGGCCCCACCACCGGAGGCCCCUCCACCUGAGGCCCCACCACCCGAGGCCCCACCACCCGAGGCCCCACCACCAGAACCCCCAGGAGAGACAGCACCAUAA